GCAUCGGUCCGGCCGUGUUUGGGUCUGCUCGGUUCCGCUCCGACCCCUUCCCUCACGGACUUUCGGCCCGCUGCCGAGAUCCCCGUGCCCUCGCGUUGCGGUCUCCCGGUUUCCCCCGGCUCCACCGGCUCCGCCUGAGUCUCCGGUGCCGCCGCCGGGCCGGCAGCUCUGCUCUCCCCGCGGCGCGGUGGCUGAGCCCCCGGCGGGAGGCGGCGGAGGUUGUCAGGGGGGCUGCGCCGUGGCUGCGCGGCCUGCGGACCUCCCGGGACUGAGGGAACGGCGGUGCUCGUGUGUGAGGACGUCUCCGUGAAGAGACGGCGUCAGCUCCCAGAUGAGAUCCGCAAAUGGCAAUAUUUCUUUUUGUUGGCUUGGUGUGUCCGUGUUAAAAAGACUGGCUCCAGCUCUUCAGUAGCAGUUUCCUUUUGAAAUACCUCUUACGGUGGUUUGUCAGGACAACCCCAGUUUGGUUGCACUGGCAGGUGAUAAAGGAGACUUUUAGAACCUUUGGUCAUACUGAUGAUGCAUGGGUACUGGAAGACUGAUUCUGGUAUCAAGUAUCAGUAAGUGUGCAGCAUCAGUUUAGGUAGUUUCACAUUGUCUAUUUUAAACAAAGGUGUGAUACUGAACUAGAACUUUGACCUUUGCAGAAUGAUGUGGGGUUUUUUUUAGCUUCAGCACAACUUCCCAUAGUAGUAAUGGCCAUAAACAGUUUACUUGGUUUAGAUAUUUGUCCUAAUGCUUCCUUUUCCUGCAGAAGUUUUCUCUCCUGAACACAAGAUCAGGGUAGGAAUUCAUUAGUCUUGUAUACAUAAAGGAUUCUGGUUUUGUUUGCUUGUGUUGAAAACUAGUUUCUGACAGCUAUGAAAUUGCUGUUGGUUUUUGAUUUUGACCAUACAAUCAUAGAUGGAAAUAGUGAUACCUGGAUUGUGAAAUGUGCUCCUGAGAAAAAACUUCCUAAUGGAUUAAGGAACUCCUACCAACCAGGGCACUGGACAGACUACAUGGGCAGAGUCUUUGUCUACUUGGGAGACAAUGGUGUCAAAGAAGAUGAGAUGAAAAAAACUAUGACAACAAUUCCUUUCACUGUGGGAAUGGUAGAUCUGCUGGGUUUUAUUGGUGAGAACAAAGAGUUGUUUGACUGCAUAAUUGUUUCAGAUUCUAAUACAGUAUUUAUUGACUGGAUUUUGAAAGCUGCUGACUUCCACAAGGUGUUUGAUGAAGUGUUUACAAACCCUGCAGCAUUCAGCAGUACUGGCUAUCUUACUGUACAGAACUUCCAUGCUCACCACUGUGCAGAGUGCCCUAAAAACCUUUGCAAAAGGAAAGUUUUAAAAGAAUUUCUAGAAAAACAGUUAGAGCAGGGAGUAAGUUACGCACAAAUUGUAUAUAUAGGUGAUGGUGGGAAUGACUUAUGUCCAGUAAUGUUUUUGAAGAAGGGUGAUAUCGCUAUGCCCAGGAAGGGAUACACCUUGGAGAAGAAAAUUUCUCAGCUGGCCCAAGAGCUCUGUCCUGUGGAGUGUUCUGUUCUGGUCUGGUCAUCUGCUAUUGACAUUAUGUCUUAUCUAAAAGUGCUUAUAAAGAAAUAAUACAAAUGAUAAAAGGAAACUAAUAUAUUUUAUCUUCCUGGGAGAGAAUAACUCAGUGCGUAUAAAAGUGCAAAAUUGUAAAAUUGGGCUGUUUUAUGAACUUAUGUUUUUUAAACACAAUCUUGAACUAUUUGUGUUCGAAAGUGAAGUUACCAGCAUAGUACACAUUCCAACAUAAGUGGGACUGUAAGAGACAGUGCCUUUAUUCUUAAGUCUCCCUCCUCCCUUCCCAGCCUUUACUGACUUCUGUUCCACAUGCUUAGAGGAAGGAGCAGGAUUAGAAUACAAAAGAAUGAAAUUCUACAUUAGGUACUAGGAGCAUGCUUCUGGAACUGUUGGCAUUUUUACCUCUUAGGUCAGGAUAAAUAAAAAUUUUAAAAAUUAUUUGGUAUGCUAGUGAUCUUGUUUGAUGUCAAGAUGCAUUUAUAUUUUCAGUAUGAAUGAAUAUAUGAAA